UAGCUCUAUCACCUUUAUAUCAUAAUCUCUUAUUUCAUGCUUGCUCUCUCUUUAAUGUCAUGUCAAAUUUGCAUCCACAUUUCUUAAGUUGUGUCAUUGUGUGGCCUACAUUACAAUUCAACAACACACUUUCACUCUCUUUUUACACAUGAGUUUUCUUUCAAAUUAUACCUUCUGGACUAGACCAAGUAAAGACACUCUCUACAGUUUGUUUUUUUUUUAAUUAUAUUCACAAAUAAUUGUCUUGCAUUAACUCUUCCCACUUAUUUUCUUUUUAGAGGAUUUUAUUUUAUUCUAGCCUUUCCUCUUCUUUUCAUAUUUCCUCCUGAUAUUAAAUACAGAAUUUACUUACACUUUCUGAAAUUUUAUUACUGAUGUUUAUGAAGCUUAGAUUAAUAAAUAUCUCAAAUCUAGCUACUUGCUAUUAAUGGUAAUGUAUCUUACAUUUCUUUAAGGUUCAAUAUUUUAUUAAAAAAAAAAAAGUUUUAUGAAAAGUGUUCAAAAAAAGAAAAAAAGAAGAAAGUUUUAUGAAAAGAAACAUGCAUCUGGUUUAAAAAUUUUGAAGUAAUUGAAUUAAUAAAUGUUUGCAUGAGUUGUUUAUUCUUCUUGUCUUAUGAUUUGAACUUUAUCCCUUGAAAAUUAAAUAAAAAUUUGAACUUUAUGCAUUUAUUCAGUUUGCUGGGUAUUCUAAACCAUGUGCUUCUCUGCUAUCAUUUCUCUCAGAUUUAAUAAACUUUUCUUUUAUUGCUGCAAAUAAAAUAAAAACUGGGUUUUUAUGGGGUUUAGUGAUUUUAUAUAAUUGUCUAUUUAAUUUAUUACUCUAAAAACUGGGUUUAGUAUUGUGCAGAAAGGUGGAUAGAUUUUUUGCUGAUCCACCAUGAUUUUUAGGGUGCUUGGAUUUUUGAUAUUAUCUAGAUUAUUAUUAUCGGAAAAGGGGAAAUUUUCUGCAAAUGGGGUUGAUACAAUUAAUACAAAUCCUUCUGCAAGACCUGAAAUUGUCAAUAUUGGUGCAAUAAUUUCAUAUAAUUCCACAAUUGGUAAGGUUGCAAAACUUGCAAUUCAAGCAGCAAUAGAUGAUGUAAAUUCCUCCCCUCAAAUUCUUCAGGGAACCAAGCUCAAUAUCACAAUGCAUGAUAGCAAACACAGUGGAUUUCUUGGAGCUGUUGAGGCAAUGACCAUUAUAGAUAGUGGUGUAGUGGCAAUAAUAGGUCCUCAAUCAUCUGUGAUAGCUCAUGUAGUAUCUCAGGUUGCAAAGGGACUCCAAGUCCCUUUGCUCUCCUUCGCCGCCUCAGACCCAACUCUUAACUCACUCGAGUAUCCUUUCUUGGUUCGGACAACCCAAAAUGAUCUUUUCCAAAUGGCUGCAAUAGCCGACAUUUUAAGCCAUUAUGGAUGGAGGGAAGUAACUGCUAUUUACACUGAUGAUGAUUAUGGAAGGAAUGGGAUUGCUGCUUUAGGUGAUAAGUUGGCUGAGAGGCGAUGUACUAUAAGCUAUAAAGCACCUAUGAGCCCUGACUUUAACUUAGAGGACAUAAGGAAUGUUUUGUUUGAGGUGUCCUUACAAGAAUCUAGGAUCCUUGUUCUUCAUACUUACAAUAACUAUGGCCUAGAGGUGCUUGAGGUUGCUCGCUCUCUUCGUAUGUUAGAAAAAGGGUAUGUUUGGAUUGCUACAAAUUGGCUCAGCGAUAUAAUAGAUACAGAUUCACCUCUUUCUCCAAGUGAGCUUGCCAAUGUCCAAGGGCUACUUACCCUUCGAGUGCACACUCCCAGUUCGCAGCUCAAGAGAAAUUUUGUGUCUCGGUGGAUACAUUUGGUUAGGAAAGAAAAUGGAAGUGGUUCAUUUGGGUUAAAUAGUUAUGGUCUUUAUGCCUAUGACACUGUUUGGAUCCUUGCUCAUGCAUUAAAUGCUUACUUUGAUCAAGGAGGAAACAUAUCAUUCUCGAAUAACUCUUUAUUAAGGCAGCUGAAUGACCAAAACUUGCACCUUGAUGCAAUGAGCACCUUUGAUGGUGGAGGUCUCUUGGUCUCCAACAUAUGGCAGGUCAAAUUGAACGGGUUAACAGGUCGCAUACAAUAUGACUCAGAUAGGAACCUGAUCAAUCCUGCCUUUGAUAUCAUCAAUGUGGUCGGUACAGGUCAUAGUACUAUAGGAUACUGGUCCAAUUUUUCAGGUUUAUCACUUAAGCCUCCAGAAUCUCUACUCUCUGAAGCACCUAAUCAAUCCAGCUUAAGUCAAAAGCUGUCCGUGGUGAUUUGGCCAGGUCAGACCUUAGAGAAGCCUCGUGGAUGGGUUUUUCCCAAUAAUGGUAACCAGCUGAGAAUUGGCGUUCCAAGGCGUAUAGACUACCGUGAAUUCAUUUCAUAUUCAGACAGCACAGAUUUAUUCUCAGGCUACUGCAUCGAUGUGUUCGUAUCUGCUGUUAAUUUGCUUCCAUACGCAGUUCCUUAUAGGUUGAUCCCCUUUGGAAAUGGGAAAAAUCAUCCAAACAUCAAUGAGCUUGUUGAGAAAAUUAGAGCAGGGGUAUUUGAUGCUGUUGUUGGUGAUGUUUCAAUUACUACUGACAGAACAAGGAAUGCAGAUUUUACACAACCAUUCAUUGAGUCAGGUUUAGUUGUUGUAGCCCCUGUUAGCACUGAGGAAUCUCAUGCCUGGGCUUUCUUGAGACCUUUUACUCCAUUGAUGUGGUGUGUUACUGGUGCAUCUUUCGUCCUUGUGGGGGCUGUUAUUUGGAUUCUCGAGCAUAAGUUUAAUGAUGAAUUCCGGGGUCCACCCAUAAAGCAAGUUGCAACAAUGUUAUGGUUCAGCUGUUCAACUUGGUUCUUUGCUCAUAGAGAGAAUACUGUGAGCACACUGGGCCGGCUUGUGCUUAUUAUAUGGCUGUUCGUAGUUUUGAUCAUCAAUUCUAGUUAUACUGCGAGUCUGACCUCCAUGCUAACAGUGCAGCAACUUACUUCACAUGUCAAAGGAAUAAAUAAUUUAAUAGAAAGCAGAGAACCUAUAGGAUACCAAGCAGGUUCCUUUGCUGUAAAUUAUUUAAAUGAGCAGCUCCAUGUUCCUAUGUCCCUUCUUGUCCCUCUUAACUCCGAGGAUGAGUUUGCUGAAGCCCUGAAAAAGGGUCCCAGAAAAGGCGGGGUUGCUGCAGUCAUUGAUGAGAGGGCAUAUAUGGAGCUCUUCCUCUCAUCGAGAUGUGAAUUCACUAUUGUUGGUCAAGAAUUCACCAAAAAUGGCUGGGGAUUUGCAUUUCCCCAAGACUCUCCUUUGGCAGUAGACAUGUCAACGGCCUUACUGAAACUCUCGGAGAAUGGUGACUUACAGAGGAUCCAUGACAAAUGGCUUAGAAGAAAAGCUUGCAGCUCACAGGACACAAAACUUGAAGUAGACAGGCUUGAGCUGAAAAGCUUCUGGGGCCUUUUCCUUAUCUGUGGCAUAGCUUGUGUACUUGCCUUGAUUGUGUAUUUUGCCCUUAUUGUGAAGCAGUACCUCCGCCAUUACACUCCUGAGGAAGAAGCCAUUGGCCCGAGUUCAUCUAGCUCAAAGUCUUCUCGUGUUCAGACUUUCCUGUCAUUUGUUGAUGAGAAGGAAGAGGAAAUCAAGAAGCGGUCUAGGAAAAGGAAAACCGAGAGGAAAUCAAGUAGGGGUUAUGCAUCAAAUAGAAGCCUUGCAGAAUUGUCAAUGAGUGCUUCUAGGAUUAAUCAUAUGGAAUUUUCCCCUGGUCGAAGUAAUGGUGGGAACACUGAAGUGUAGAUACAUUACCGAGCUAUUGACAUCAGCAGAAGGGAAGUUGGGUAAAUAUAAGCAUAUAACUUCCUCUGCUGAAUUUCUAGCUUUUCGCAACUUUUAAUCUAACUGUACUCAUAUAGCUCAUCUACUGAUGUUAACAAUCAGCAAGGGUGAGCGCAGUAGUCCUAACUAUGAUGAUAUUGUAUCAUAUGGGAGAAACUGAUGAAAAAAAAACUAUAGACAACCUAGAUUGAUUUGUAAGCUUUUCUGAGUUUACGACUCUAUGUCAAUCCUGCACGGCUGCACCCACGCGUAAUUACAUCUGGGUGUAGGAUGAAAAUUGUACAUCGUAUUAUUUAGACUUAUAUAUAUUUUUUUUCAAUGAGAAAAAAAGUA